ACACACACACACACACACACACACACACACAGAGUGACAUCUCCCAUCCUGCACUCUGCAUCGCUGUCCUGCAGGAACACAGUCACACACGACUAACCAUCCAGGCCCAGUUUUUGGAGCAGGGAAGCCCAGUCGCGUCGUCGCCCCAGGAUGGAUGCACUCAUGAAGGGGUUCUCCAUGGCCAAGGAGGGGGUGGUGGCGGCCGCCGAAAAGACCAAAGCUGGCAUGGAGGAGGCUGCGGCCAAGACCAAAGAAGGGGUGAUGUAUGUCGGUAACAAGACGAAGGAGGGAGUUGUGUCAUCAGUAAACACGGUGGCCAACAGGACCGUGGACCAGGCUAACAUUGUGGCAGACACGGCCGUGUCCGGCGCUAAUGAGGUGUCGCAGGCAGCCGUGGAAGGGGUGGAGAACGUCGCCGCUUCAACCGGGCUCCUGGGCCAGGAGGAGUCUGUAAACGAGGGAGAAUACGGGGGGAUGGAGCAAGGCGGCCAAAGUGGAGAGGACUAUUAGCUCACAUCAGGACCUGUUCUCCUCUGGCCCCUCGCUCUCCAAGACUCCAAAUGUCUUGUUAUUCAUUUAUUUAUUGGUGACUUUUAACUGAACCAAAUCCAAGCUGAUGGGACUCUUCCGGAUGCAACAGCAGCAGCACCCUUGCCUCCUCCCUUCCUCCCUCUCGCCCCACCUGUGUGUCACGUGUUGCCCUAAUUAUGCAGCCUUGUCUUUUUCCUGCAACCUUCUGACCCUCCACACACCAACAUGCAUGAAACACACAUGAUGCAAACUGCCACGCAGAGCAGAAGUAACAAUUAGGAAGACAUUGUCAAUGAUACAUCAACAGAAUUAAAGUAGCAAUAAGUAAUACUUCACACAGCCUACAACGAUGAAUACAUGUAUAUUAUUUUUAAUUGUUGCGUACUUUCUUCUUGGUUUGCAUGGCAUUACAAUAUCAUCUGUGCGUGCGUGUGUGCAAAUGGAGGAAUUAUGGGAUAUGUACUUCUGUUAGCACCUUUUCACUGUAACAAUACUAUAACAUGCUCACUCGCUGUUAACCUGCCCAGCUUAUUAGUGUGUGUGUGUGUGUGUGUGUGCAUGGUAACAAGACCAGCAAAGUGUGUAUAUGUGAAUGGGAUGUGCGUGUGUGUGUUCUUAGCGUUAGAAAUAGAGAACUGCAUGUUGCCUUAUUAAGCAAUCUAACACACCUGGACCAACACACACACACACACACACACACACACAAACAAUGCAUACGCGCACACACACACCAGGCACCCUAUUUACAUUGGCAUUGAUGCAGACUUGCUGAUUUUAUAAAAGUGUAUUCGUGAAAUUAAAUCUUUUGUUGGAAUCCA